AUCCCUUGUUCCACAUCGCUUUACAUUACUUACUUGAGCACCCCAGAGGCUCCAUUUCAAGUAUCUCGCAAUUUUCUGCAGCUAGAAGAAAACGGCAAGAAAUAUGUCCAGGACAAUUGUCUGCUUUUUGUUAUUAACAUUGGUUAUAUGCGUCAUCGAAGCGUAUCCAAAGUCGAAGAUUCAAGAAGCUUCUGAGCACGAAGGCGGUCAGCUGAGCCCUUUACGGAAGAAUUUCUUGGCAGAGGAAAGAAGAGAAACCGCAAGCAGCGAAGGCAACAUACACAGCUACAUGGCCUUGGAGGGUGAAAUUAAGGGGGAAGAAGAGGAGGGUGAAGAUGAUGACACCGAUGAGGAUGACGAUGAGGAUGAGGAUGACGAGGAGGAUGAGGAUGACGAGGAGGAUGAAGAUGAGGACGACGAGGACGAUGAGGAAGAGGAUGAUGAGGAAGAUGAUGAGGAUGACCAGGACGAUGAGGAUGACGAGGACGAUGACGAAGAUGAUGACGAGGACGACGACGAAGAUGACGACGAAGAGGAGGUGGCUGACAAAUAAGCAUAACACUGAGAUAUCUAAAGUGAUUAAUAUUCAAACGCAGGCUCCACGUAAAAAUAAAUUUUUCUGCAAUAUUGGUCGGAUAUAAUUACACAUAAAAGACGGGUACUGCACGCAACCGAACAGCUUUAUGUAUUGCUUGUGCGUCUCCUUCUAAGGUAUCCGUUUUGAAAUUUCCUGAAUUUAUUUAUCUCAUCGCAAAUAGUAUUCUGCUACUAAUACUAAUACGCAGUACGUCUAGUUUGGAACGCAGUUACGUAGCUGCGUAGUUUUUCCUUAGUUAAGAAUAUUGCGGAGUUUUCCAGUAAAACUAUGACUACACAAGAAAAUUUACAUUCUCUCCCUUUCUUGGUACAAAAUGUUCCAAUGCAUCUAUGUACUUCUGGCAGAUUUGACAAGUCUAAAAAAUGUUCACGCCAACGCGAAUAAAUGAAACCAGUAAAUCUACAUUGUCGCUGUAGGCAGCCGUACGUAUUUCUACCGUUCUUGGGGGAGAUUACCUUCCACACAUCUCACAGUCCUUUAGGGAAGAGGUUCUUGGAAAAUCUCGCAUGAACGUAAGAAAUAUAUGGGCGCAGUUAAUUCAAAAGCCAACCGAUGCUGAGCACAGAAACCAUGUCAUAGAAACCGUAUUUCUGCAUACGUGACGGAAAUGAUACAAAUGCAGCGUUACAAACCGUGAGUGAACAUCAACACACUGUUGUCCAAUUAAACUGAACACCUCUUCCAGUUGUUCAGAAUUGGCGCUAACUUUUGUUUGCUUCCAUCGUAUGCCUUCAGAUUUACCAAUGUCCGCUCAAAGUGGCUUGGCAUGGUAGCGUCACUGGUGGCAGCCGUGAUGCAAGCGCAUUGCCUUCCGUGUUUUCUCUGCAUGUGCAGCUUAUUUUCGCCUGUUUCCUAUCAUCAUUCACACGUGGAGGGCAAGCACUAAUUUCCGUGGACGACAGCUUCCUGCAAGCCCAACAUGUGUCGUCGGCUUCAUUGAGCCCAGCUCGUAACAAGCAGGACCAUCACCGAAACUUCACUAGUGGCAGCAACUCGGGGCCCCCAGGUCUUCACUGAGUUUCGCCUGGGCUUUGAAAGCCCUCACGCUACAAUAAGCACGUCCACGAUGAGCCCUUUCCUGAGCGCGCUCACGGCGGCGUU